AUGGCCGGGGGUGGAGGUGGAGGAGGUGGAGGAGGUGGAGGAGGAGGUGGACGCAAACGCUGGAAGAAAGCAGGACUCCCCGGAUUGUAUUGCUACUUCCCCCUCCUGGUCUGGGUGGUGUCUGUGUGCGGAGAGGAGCAGACUUAUAUUGUGGAAACGUGGUUGAAAACCUACGGAUACCUUCUGCCGCAUGACGUUCGGACCGAAGACCUGCGGCAGGAGAAGGUCAUGCAAUCUGCUGUAGCAGCCAUGCAACGCUUCUAUGGCAUCCCAGUUACUGGUGUCCUGGACCAGAGGACCAGAGAGUGGAUGCAGAGGCCUCGCUGUGGCGUCCCAGAUCGUCCUCAUCAAAGUCGUAAACAGAGAAACAAACGCUACGCUCUAACGGGACAGAAGUGGAGAGAGAAGAAGAUCUCAUACAGUAUUUCAAACUUCACUCCUAAAGUGGGAGAGAAGGACACUCAGAGAGCCAUCCGUCAGGCCUUCACCGUGUGGCAAGCUGUGACGCCGCUGUCCUUCCAGGAAGUGCCAUACGCAGAGAUCAAGAGUGAGGGGCGGGAGGCGGACAUCAUGAUCUUCUUUGCCUCUGGUUUCCAUGGAGACAGCUCUCCCUUCGAUGGCGAGGGCGGUUUCUUGGCUCACGCCUACUUCCCGGGCGCCGGCAUUGGAGGAGACACUCACUUUGACUCCGACGAACCCUGGACUCUGGGGAACGCCAACCACGACGGUAACGAUCUGUUCCUGGUGGCGGUGCAUGAGCUGGGACAUGCGUUGGGUCUGGAACAUUCUAACGACCCCAGCGCCAUUAUGGCUCCGUUCUACCAGUACAUGGACACACACAACUUCAAACUGCCUCUGGACGAUCUGCAGGGCAUUCAGAAGAUCUACGGCAUGCCCACUGCGAUGCUGGAGCCCACCCGGCCCUUACCCACGCUGCCUCCUCGUCGUGUCUCCACCUCUGAGCGUAAACACUCGCGUCCUGCUCGGCCCUCAGGAGACCGCCCUGCACUGCCCGGCAACGGAAAACCCAACAUCUGCGACGGCAACUUCAAUACUGUAGCCUUCUUCCGACGAGAGAUGUUUGUCUUCAAGGACCGAUGGUUCUGGCGUCUGCGGAACAACAAGGUGCAGGAGGGGUACCCCAUGCAGAUCGACCAGUUCUGGAAGGGGCUCCCUCCUCGGAUCGACGCUGCGUACGAGAGAUCUGACGGGAAGUUUGUCUUUUAUAAAGGUGAUAAGUUCUGGGUGUUUAAGGAGGUGACGAUGGAGGCGGGGUACCCCCAUAGUCUGGAGGAGUUGGGCAGUUGUCUCCCCAAAGACGGCAUAGAUGCGGCGCUGCGCUGGGAACCGGUGGGAAAAACAUACUUCUUCAAAGGCGACCAGUACUGGCGCUACAACGAGGAGAAGGCCACCGCGGACCCAGGGUACCCCAAACCCAUCACCGUCUGGAAGGGGAUCCCCAGCUCUCCACAGGGGGCCUUCAUCAGCAAAGAAGGAUACUACACAUACUUCUACAAAGGCAAAGACUACUGGAAGUUUGACAACCAGAAGCUGACGGUGGACCCUGGGUACCCCAAGUCCAUCCUGCGGGACUGGAUGGGCUGUGACCAGUUGGACAUCGAGCGCCUGGGGGGCGGCAGUGGUAACCGUGGAGACCGCCUACUGCCCCUGGACGACGUGGACAUCAUGGUGACCAUCAACGACGUCCCGUCCACCGUCAAUGCCAUCGCCGUGGUGAUUCCCUGUGUCCUGUCCCUGUGCGUCCUGGUUCUUGUUUACACUAUCUUCCAGUUCAAGAACAAAGGGACACAGCAAAACACACUGACGCCGCAGUUCUACAAGUACCCAGUGCAGGAGUGGGUAUGA